GCCCGCGCCGCGCUGCGGGUGUUACUCCGUCCCGCCCGCGCGGCGGUCGGUGCUCUGUCACCGCCUGCUGUGGCCAUGGCCCCAGCCCGUGGCUUAUAAAUUGGCGACCGGAGUCCCCGACGCGGCCCUGGUCCUGAUGGGGGCGGCGGCGGCGGCGGCGGCCCUGGCAGCGGCCGACCCCCCUCCCGCGAUGCCGCAGGCGGCUGGAGCCGGAGGGCCCACCGCCCGUCGGGACUUCUACUGGCUUCGCUCCUUUCUGGCCGGAGGUAUUGCUGGAUGCUGUGCCAAAACAACGGUUGCUCCUUUGGAUCGAGUAAAGGUUUUAUUACAAGCUCACAAUCACCAUUAUAAACAUUUAGGAGUAUUUUCUGCAUUGCGUGCUGUUCCCCAGAAGGAGGGAUACCUUGGAUUAUAUAAAGGGAAUGGUGCAAUGAUGAUUCGAAUAUUUCCCUAUGGUGCAAUCCAGUUUAUGGCAUUUGAGCAUUAUAAAACGUUAAUUACUACAAAGCUGGGAGUUUCCGGUCAUGUGCACAGAUUAAUGGCUGGAUCCAUGGCAGGUAUGACAGCAGUUAUCUGUACUUACCCUCUUGACAUGGUGAGAGUACGCCUAGCAUUCCAGGUGAAAGGGGAACACACUUACACAGGAAUUAUUCAUGCAUUCAAAACGAUUUAUGCAAAGGAAGGAGGUUUCCUUGGAUUUUACAGAGGCCUGAUACCCACUAUAUUAGGAAUGGCUCCAUAUGCAGGUGUUUCAUUUUUUACUUUUGGUACCUUAAAGAGUGUUGGGCUUUCCCAUGCUCCUACCCUUCUUGGCAGACCUUCAUCAGACAAUCCUAAUGUCUUAGUUUUGAAAACCCACAUAAACUUACUUUGUGGUGGUGUUGCUGGAGCAAUAGCACAGACAAUAUCCUACCCAUUUGAUGUAACUCGUCGGCGAAUGCAAUUAGGAACUGUUCUUCCAGAAUUUGAAAAGUGCCUUACCAUGUGGGAGACUAUGAAGUAUGUCUAUGGACACCAUGGAAUUCGAAAAGGAUUAUAUCGUGGUUUAUCUCUUAAUUACAUUCGCUGUGUUCCCUCUCAAGCAGUGGCUUUCACAACAUAUGAACUUAUGAAGCAGUUUUUUCACCUCAACUAAAGAAAAUCACAUUUUCUUUUUCUUAAUAAAAUCUCAGAGGGAGAAACAAAAUGUUACUUUAAUUUUGGAAGGAACAUUACUUGAAGGGGGAUAUUUGCCUUGUCACAGGAACCACUGGUUUUUUAGUACUUGAUUUUUUUUUUAUUCGUCACAAAUCAGAAGUGCUUACUGUGCUUUUUGAUGCCAAAUGUUAUACCUUAGAACAUUGAAAAAAAUUCCUAAGCUGAUGCUGGCUAAUCAGUUAGGUUAUUUGAAACUAUUUUAAAGUGUUACUUGGAAGUAGAACUAACUUAAAAUGGGAUUUAAGAGGUUGCCAUUAGCUUUAUCAUGCUUUAAUUCCAAGCUUUAAUUAUAAUCAUGAUUUUCAAAGACUCUACGAUUGGUUAUUAUAAUUACAAUAAAUAGGCUUGGUUAUAUUGCAGCAGAAUGGUGAAAACUGAAUUUUUAAGUUAUGUAAAACAUAGCUUGGGGGGUUGGUGCUUGGCUGGCCCAUCCAGAAAAGCAUGUGACUCUUAAUCUCGGGAUCAUAAGUUUGAGCCCCACUCUGUGUGUAGAGAUUACUAAAAAUAA